ACUUCCAAUAAAAAUGGCUGACGGAGAGACGACACCGCUUCUUACUCCUGAAAAAAAUCCACCUCCAUAUAAUUUUACAACUCAAUCCAAUGAUAAUGAAACACCAAGCAGUGCUGCCUUACUCCAAGUUGGCACUGAUGAACUACCACCCCCAUACACCCCUACUGUUCAAGGGGGUAUACCUAUGAUCAAUUGUAAAGUUUGUCAAGCCAUCAUCAGCUUGGAAGGAAAGCAGCAUCUCUUUGUGGUCAAGUGUUCAGUUUGCAGUGAAGCAACUCCUAUAAGAGCUGCACCACCUGGAAAGAAAUAUAUCCGCUGCCCUUGCAAUCUUCUAUUAGUAUGCAGGUCUGGAGCCACAAAAAUACUGUGUCCGAGAGAAACAUGCAAAAGGGUGAUAACUUUGUCAGCUCCUACAGAUCUUCAGCAACCAAGUAGGACUGCAUUCAGAUAUAAUUGUGCAUAUUGUGGGCAAGUCUUUAUGCUUCGAAUCGUACGAAAGUUUGCUAGGUGUCCACAUUGCAGGAAAUUGACAGCAGUAGGAGGUCACUAUGGUAGAACAAGAGGUCACAUUUUCUUGUUUUUUGGUUUACUUUUGAUUGCUGCAGCUAUUGGCAUUACAGUUGGAACAUUUGAGGCCGCCAGAGAAAAUGGAGGAAUUUAUGUUUCAUGGAUUGGUGGUUUCUUAGUUGGAGUGGUGUUUCUCAUCAGAGCUAUUUAUUACUACUCUGUCAAGACGAGUCCCAUGUUGCAGGUAUCCUCUACUGCAUAAACUAGACCAGGCAUCUGAUUACAGAUUAAAAGAUUACUACAAAUACCAUACAUUGCACAAACAUUUACCGUUUCAUUCAGUUGUACAUAUUUCUAUCUUGUCAAGUGCACAUCAUAUGUACAUGAAUCUGUGAAUCUAAUGUUAACAUAAUUUAUACACAAAUUUGAAUUGUUUUACUACUUUAGAAUUUUUUUUACAAGAUGUUUUUGUUACACGUUAUUCUUCAAACCUUGUAAUUUUUGUAUACAUAUAAAAUAUAUAUUCAGUUGUACCCUUAACUUGUCAAAAAUUAUUUUUCUCAUUUUAUUGUUUAUGUUAUUUAGUAUUGGAUUAUAUUCCUCUAUUUUUUUUUUACUGCCAGUGAUUGUAAGCCGUUCCAAUUUUCAGCAUACAUGUAGCCAGAUAUUGUGCCAUAGUUUUCUGUUCCUACUUUUCUUGAUUAUGUGAUGAGUGAAAAGUAUGGACAUGGGCAAAGUUGAUUUCUGUUAAAACUGUAAAAAUAAAACACUAAAUAUUUUUACUUUUUU